CCAUUUCAUGGUUUCCGAACAUCAUUAGAAGGUUAUAGGAACAACAAAACAACGUUAAUUCUUGACCUUCUUCAAUUCCUUUCAUUAAAUUCACCUGCCAGCUUCUUUUUUGUUGCUGGCAUUUGAGAAGGGGCGUUAAGAUUCGGCACUGCUAACAAAGAUUUAUUGUCUAAAUUAUGAGCGAGUCCGGACCUGAACGCCCAGUUCGACCCAGUUUGGAAAAAAUCGAUUUGGAGAGCUCUGAGGAGGAAAAGAAGGCUAGGCGUAACUCUCUGAAGCAGAGAGCAAUCAAUGCGUCUAACAAGUUUAGGACAUCAUUCGCUAAGAAGAGCAGGAGGAACAGUAAAGUCAUGUCGGUCUUUAUUGAGGAUGAACAUGAUGCAGAGGAUUUGAAGGCGGUUGAAGAAUUACGUAAAGCUUUGAUCCCAGAAAAUCUACUACCUUCAAAGCAUGAUGAUUUUCACAUGCUCUUGAGGUUUUUAAAGGCUAGGAACUAUGAUCUUGAAAAGUCCAAGAAAAUGUGGUCUGAUAUGAUACAAUGGAGGAAGGAGUAUGGCACAGAUACCAUCAUGGAGGAUUUCGAUUUCAAGGAAAGAGACGAAGUACUUCAAUACUAUCCUCAAGGACACCAUGGGGUUGAUAAGGAUGGAAGACCGGUAUAUAUUGAGAGACUUGGUAUGGUCGAUGCUACCAAGCUCAUGCAAGCCACAACCCUCGAGCGUUAUAUCAAGUACCACGUGAUGGAGUUUGAAAGGACCUUUAUUGAUAAGUUCCCAGCCUGCUCAAUUGCUGCUAAAAGGCAUGUUGAUCAAAGUACCACAAUUCUCGAUGUUCAAGGAGUGGGCUUGAAAAGCAUGAACAAAUCUGCUAGAGAGCUUAUCCAAUCUCUCCAAAGCAUCGAUGGUAACAACUAUCCUGAGACACUCUGCCGCAUGUACAUCAUCAAUGCAGGCUCCGGCUUUAGGCUUUUGUGGAACACAGUUAAAUCCUUCCUUGAUCCAAAGACUACGUCUAAGAUUAACGUUUUGGGUAACAAAUUCCAAAGCAAGCUCCUGGAAAUCAUUGAUGCUAGUGAACUCCCGGAUUUCUUGGGUGGUACCUGCACUUGUUCUAGUAAAGGCGGUUGCAUGCGUUCUGAUAGGGGUCCAUGGCAAGAUCCAGAUAUCAUGAAGAUGGUUCGCAAUGGUGAACACAAAUGUUCAUCAAGAUCUGAUAUCCCAGAUGAGAAAACUAUCACUGUGGAUUCAUCUGCCAACAAGGUGGAUGUGGAAUCUUCCGGAAUGCCAAAGGAGCAUGUCAAGCAUCAACAGCUCCCCUCUGUACAUGAAGAAGCUCCAACGAACGCAAGCGAUCCCAAAAGGCACACACCUGUGCCUGAAAAGCCUGUUGAUACAAAUUAUACAAGACAAGUGCAAAAGGUUCCCACUCCUAAAGAUUAUUAUAAUCCCAGUGACGCUUAUCAAGCAUCCAACGAUGGGUUUGGCAACCACAUUUUUACGGGCAUGAUGACAUUUAUGAUGGGAGUUAUGACCAUGGUCCGUAUGACAAAAAGCAUGCCCAAAAAGAUGACAGAAACCAGCCAUUACCCUAGUCCUGCUUAUGAAGAGCCAGUUAAACAAAGUCCCAACCCAUAUCAAUUGCAAGCGCCUGGUGGCAUCUCUACGGCGGAGUAUCUAUCCAUGAUGAAGCGUUUAGGAGACUUAGAGGAGAAAGUCAUAGUCCUUACGAACAGACCGAUUGAGAUGCCUCCUGAGAAAGAGGAGAUGCUUAAUAAUGCUUUAAAUCGCAUCGAGUCUUUGGAGAUUGAGCUUUCUGCUACCAAGAAGUCUCUUGAGGACACACGAGCUCAGCAACAAGAGUUUGCAGCAUACCUUGAAAAGAAAAAGAAAAAGAAGAGCAUUUUCGGUUUCUGACCUUGCAAGUUUCAAGACGAUACAGUUAUUAAGGUAAUGUAGAAGGAGAGGUGAGAAUCGUGUAACCGGUGGCAAUGUUGAUCUUUUUUUUUUCUGCGUCCACCUAAAUGAUGUCCAAGUGCACACACUUUGCUCUGUGAAUAAAAACCUGAUUCAAAACUUGUGUACCAUUUACGAUUUUUUUUUAAUAUUGUAUAGAUAGUGUCUUAAGGAUUUGCUUUUAAAUAUCAAAAGUAGCGAUUUAUCAGUUGAACUUAA